AUGAUUACCCCUGAAUCUGAGGAACAGAGUACCUGUAAACUUCAAAGUAAACAGUGUAUCCAUAUUCCUCCAAGUAUACAUUGUAACCCUAAACCUCCAAGUAAACAGUGUAACCCUAAACCUCCAAGUAAACAGUGUAACCCUAAACCUCCAGGUAUAAAGUGUAACCCUAAACCUCCAAGUAAACAGUGUAACCCUAAACCUCCAAGUAAACAGUGUAACCCUAAACCUCCAGGUAUAAAGUGUAACCCUAAACCUCCAAGUAAACAGUGUAACCCUAAACCUCCAAGUAAACAGUGUAACCUUAAACCUCCAGGUGUAAAGUGUAACCCUAAACCUCCAAGUAAACAGUGUAACCCUAAACCUCCAAGUAAACAGUGUAACCCUAAACCUCCAAGUAAACAGUGUAACCCUAAACCUCCAAGUAUAAAGUGUAACCCUAAACCUCCAAGUAAACAGUGUAACCUUAAACCUCCAGGUGUAAAGUGUAACCCUAAACCUCCAAGUAAACAGUGUAACCCUAAACCUCCAGGUGUAAAGCGUAACCCUUAA